GUAUUGAUAACAAUUGAGUAUAAAAGUACCGACGUACAUUUGAAGUCAUUGCAUUAUAGUUCAACCAGUCGAAUCCAACGGGUGCCAGAAACUAUAUCCGAUUAUCCGGUAUUAUAUAAACCGUCGUUUGUUUUAAAACAAAGAAGUAACUCCGAAAGAAAGAUGACUACAAUUGUAAAUCCGCAAGUACCGUUCACACGCCCCAUUCCUGGGGGUUUAGCACCCGGCCGUACUAUGACUGUCGAGGGUGCCAUCCCUCCCCGAUCAGACAGGUUCGCAAUAAACUUGCAAUGUGGUAGCGCGGACAUCGCUUUUCACUUCAACCCUCGCUUCGGAGAUCAGUGCAUAGUUCGCAACUCCUAUAUUUCUGGCCAUUGGGGUGCUGAGGAGACCAGUGGAGGCAUGCCGUUGGUUAGGGGAGAACAGUUUGAAGCUGAAUUUAAAUGCUCUGAAGGUCAUUUUACGGUGAAUUUGAACGGGAAACAUUUUUGCGACUUCCCACACCGCAUCCCAUACCAUAAGAUCACCCACAUCAACGUGGACGGUGAUGUCAACAUAAGGCAGGUUUCCUUUGCGGACGCCUAAGCCAUCGGCCUAUAUGAUAAUGGUAA